GGCAACAGUGGGGCGAACGCUGAGGAGCUGACGGCCCUGGCACCGGGUCUGGUAGCGGUGGGCAUGCCUGCGGAAGAUGGAAGGCGCACGAGCUGGAUAGUUUAGUCGCCUUUAACCGGCCUUAAAGUGAAGAUCGGGUCGCCGCCGAUCACCGUGCGCGUGCACAAGACAGAGUCAGAGCCACCGGCUUAUCGCACCAGACCGCGCCGAGAAUGAAAUUCUUCCUUUGCCUGGGAAAACGCAGCAGCAGCAGUAGUAGUAUCGCUUUGUAUCGCAGUCUCGACAAUAAAAGAAAACGGUUAAAUCGUUUAUGGCCGGACGGCAGUAAUACCGGCGGCUGUAGCGCCUGAACGCGGAUCAAAUUUUUGCCGACACUCGCGCGUCGUACCAAGUCACUUGAUCGUUGCAACGAGGGAACAUUUUUAUUCCCUCCUUUUGCAUCGCAGCUUUUGCUAAGUGCCGCGUGAUUCGUCCAGACCGGGCGAUAACCCGAGGACACAUCGACGUAAGCAGAAAUAAUAAAAAGGACUCUCGGCCCGUUCGUAAUCAGUUCGGUUACAAGCGCGAGAUUCAACCUCGCGCCCAAGUGUACUCCACAGUGGAUACUAUUUUCCUUUUGGGUUACAACGCUAAGUGGCCGACAGGCGAGAUGCCGGUGCCAGUUUGGGACUGCCCUGACCUGGGCCUGAUGGACGAGCCUCAGGACACCGCCACCGUGGUGUCCGACGACAUAUGGAAAAAAUUCGACCUGGACUUUCCAGACCCGGAAAUGUAUUAUGAGAGGACCUUCGACGACGGCAUCCUGCCGGACCUGCGCUAUGACAAGAUGACUUGCCUGGCGUCCCGCAAGAUACGCCACCACGACUGCAUGUGGGCGGGCCUGUGCAUCAGCAAAGAACACAACAGGACCCUGCCUGCGCAGAGGAACUCGCAGAUACAGAAGAAGGUGAUGGCCGGUCGAAGUUUGCUAAUACCUCGUCACAUGAGCAGCUCGCUAAACACGCAACAAAUACUGCUGCAACAGUGCCGCACGAAAAGCCUGGAGAGCGACGGCGAUUCCAGUAGGCCGGAAACACCGCUAAGCUCCGACUCCGACACAGAGAGCGAAGACGAAGGUCCGUUCUUCAGACACGAUCAGAUCAACAUACACGAGAAAUUGUCUGAGUGUAUGUCGGCUGCCGCGAUCACGAAGGCGGCGCCGGUGAGCCAGGUCACCGGUCAGCAGAUCAGGCGGCGGAAAGUGGAGGAGGAUAGUCAGUGUCAAGUGCACAGAGAGACGAACAUCAGAAACACCCUCAGUGAUCACUGUUAUCACCUGAAUCAGCCGAUUGGGAAGAACCUCGAAUACCUCGGUGUCCAGACACCCUCCGAUUCCGUAUCAAAAUGUCUGGUCGACGAACCAGGAUGCCGGGGCUUGCGCGUUCGAGAAUUAGGAGGUCGGACGCCGAAAUAUGAGACUGAAGAGGAAGAGAUCGACGUGGUAACGUACGAAAAGCCAGGUAGACCGGCUGCGUUGCCGACGUAUCCGAGCCCGGCCGACCAGCAGCACUUCCAGUUGACAGUAAAGACCGCGUUCAAGGAGAAGCCACCCGGUUCGAGGCCUCGGGGUAGACCGCCGUCGAACCCAGCGCGGAAAAGGGCCGCCCAGUCUGAACCGAAGCCCGUGAAACGCGCCCGCCAGAGGCCUUAUCAAAGGAGAACGAAGGUGAACACCAGAUGCGGAUCGUCGUCGCCGUCGUCGAAAGGCGGAAUGUCCACGACGUCGAGAAGCUCGUCGGACGACGAGCUCGACACCGAGAAGAGGAGCCUGCACAACAAUAUGGAACGGCAGAGGCGGAUAGAGCUGCGCUCCGCGUUCGAGGAGCUGCGCGUCCUCGUACCGGCUGUGGAGACGAAGGAUAAGGCGCCGAAGGUCGCGAUCCUCAGGCAGGCGGCCAUCUACUGUGACGUGCUGACCCACCUCAGCCAGAUCCACAUGAAUGCAGUGUCGGACCUCAGGUGGCAACAGGAAAAGCUUCGCGCGAGACUUAGUCAUCUGAGGAGGAGUCUCGCCAUGACGCGCUGAGGGGGACUCGAGAGAAUCGUGUCCGAUUCGGCACGCGAGAGCAAUUUGAUUCGCUCGGCACGCGCGGGAGUCGAAUACGUCGUUGCGCAACACGACAAAGAAGAUCCCAAGCCGAAGAAUUCCCACUCGACGUGUCGUGACAAGAUUUUCAUCGGAGGAGCACGGAAAGCGGUUUGAACGAAGAGUCCUGUUGAGUGACAAGGAUCUUGAAGAUUGAGGGAGAGAGGCCGUGUUGCUGUUCGUGUUUCACGACUCGAUUAGCGCAGGCGAGAACUGACCGUGGAUGAAAUCUUUUACUGUACGAAAAAGAAGUAUAUAUUUGUAUAUAUGUAUUGGAAGGAUGACGUACCGGAAGAAGAUAAUAGGAAUACUGUUCGCAUAGAAUCGGCACCAAGCGUUAGAGGAGGCCGAUAGGAAAGAACUUCGAAGAGGAUAUUUAUAUGUGUACAUAAUUACGUAUAUUUGUAGAAGAUAUUCUUCGAAUGGCACGACUCUGCGCAUUGGAGAGGAGGGGAAGUUAUCGAAGAUUACUUUUGGGCUUCACAAGGUAUCUAUCAGCGCGACUGACUUUAGUCUAAUUUUUAUUUUCCGUUCGGCAAUUAUUUUCACGGUGAAACGCGGUAAUGAAGAGUCACGGUCGACACUAACGUGAAUUCUAUUUUUUACUAUUCGGAUUCUCGAUCAGUGUCGCUUAUCGCGUGGAUUAUCGGCUACGACCGGUUUCCGUUCAGCUUGGGAAUGCGACGUCGUAUAUACCUAUACAAUACGCUUUAGGAAAAAUGAGGGAACACGGGGAACGAUAUUCGAAGCGGCAGACGAGAUCGAGGAUACGGCCGCGAAACGAAUCGCUGUUUUAUCUUGCAUUUUUUUUUUCAACCGUAACGUUCGUACACGCGUUAUACACACGAUUUCGUCGCGAAUCACGGCUGCAUUUAGAUAAGCGCGAGGCGUACCGAGAGAAAGCCAAAAGGAGAAGGGCGAUUAUUAACAGGUCUCGAGGAGACUCGGCCGCGAUCUCGACGCCGUUUGGGAUUUCGUUUACCGAUGCGAGACCGACUCAAGAGGGGGAAAACGAGCCAGGCUUAUCACUGAUAUGUUGUCCGGCAUUAGCACCACCGGUUGUGUCCGGCUAACUAGCCUCGGAAACGUAUCUCAGUGUACUCGGACUGGUUUCUAGUUGGGUCUGUCCUUUUGGAAAAUGAAAAGUUGAAAAGAUAUACACGCGACAGACAUGGGAACCUACGUGAACUUCUGUUUUUAUCUUUUCUUCUUAAGAUUCGUAUCGAUCACUCGCGUCAAACAGGAAAACUGAAGUAUACAGUGUUUCUGAUAAAUGUCACGAUAAUUACGAGAUUGUCGGAUAAGCUUCAAUUUUUUAUUUAUUACGUUCAGAUUUUGUACGAAACACAAUGACACAAUUUGCAACUAGCAAUACGAGUUAUGUACAGUUCGAAGGACGCAGGUUGUUUUUAAUUUCGCAAAAGUUAUGCGGCAAUCUUAAUGAUAAUCGUGCAAGUCGAAGCCAAGAAUGAUAUAGGAGGGAGUCACGCUUAUUAUUACUAUUCAGAAAUGUUCCUCGCGAUCCUCGCAGUUUCACUAUUUCUAAAUCAAAAGGUCUCGCUGUACCACGGAUCAAGCCCCAAAAUUGAUUGAUCGUAUUCCUCUCAACUUUCUGAUCUUUUAAUCGGUGCCCUGCACACAUGACAGAAGUAAUACAUGAAACAGUACCUAUUAUUAAAUCUCUUCCUUAUUGAAUUCCAUUGUUCUCGCACAUUUUUAAGCACGCUAAUAGCAAUUGUUUACCAAUCGAUUGACGAUCGCUGUGCGAUCUUCACAGAGUGUCAUACCUUUUGAAUCCCAUAAUCUACAUGCCGGCCUCCGCCCCCUGUGUUCUGGGAAUCUCGUAAGUAGGUGAGAGGGAGUGUGACUCACAAAAUGUGUAGGCAGAAAAUAGCCUGCAUGUGGUACACAAGCUUACAGUUGAUGACAAGUGUCCAAUCACCUGAACUUUAAUAAUAUAUAUCUCUCCGCAUAUUUUACUCACAUGAUUUUGCAAACUCACGUGAAAAAAUAAUUUGGGCGAAUCGAAGUUUUUCCUUCUCGUUAUUCUAAUUGAACGCGACUGGUUCGUAUACGCAGCAGAUAUGCAAUUCCAUAUGAUUAACGCCCCCGUGUCCUUUCUUCUUCCUCCUCCGAUCUUUCCCGCGGAGAAACGCUCGAUCGUGAAAGCUUGUGAACAUGCGAUUCCACAAUAACACAUAGGGACACAUUUUUGUAAAACUGUGCAAUAGACAAAUGCUCAAGCAUUAUUUUGUUUGUUAGAAAAUCGGUUAUCAAAAAGAGCGGAGGCAGAGGAUUCCUUUUGUUCAUUCUUUCAAGUGAACAAUUUUAUAUAAUCGAUGAACUUGGAAUUGAUAAGGAAGAGAUCUCACAGGAAGUAGAAAUUCACAUUCUAAUAUAUUCUCCCUUUCUUUAUUUUUUUCUUCAAAAUUUUUCAUUUCGUUCACGGUACAUGUUCGCGAUAGAGUGGACAAGCGAACUGCAGCACGGUUUUAUAAGAGACCAGUUUUUUAGAGCUGCUAGCUUUUAAAUGCAUGUAAAUAAUGUAUAUAUACACGUAUAUUAUAUACAGGAAAAAUAUUAAGAUAUAUACGAAACGCAUAUACGUAACGUACGGGAAAGUACAUUAUUAUAUUAUAUAUAUAUGCAUAUUGCAAACGACAGAGAGAACGCGUAAGUGUGUAAGAAGGAGAGAGAGAGAGAGAGAGAGAAAGAGAGAGAAAGGAGGGUCGAGACGUGCGAACGUGGGAAGGGUUUACGUUAAUGUUAAGAUCGCGCGUUAGUAAAAAGGGAAUAACCGGAAGUCGCAUCACGGGUAGAGGAAAGCGAAUGCGGGGUCCUCGCUAUGAAAGGUGAAAUUAAAUGGGAAGAAAGCGAAACAAUGUGUUCAUUACAUGUGUAGGUAACAGUAUUCGUUUAUAUACAUACUUUUUAUGGGCUAUAUUGAAAGAAAUAGGAAAAUUUAAAAAAAAAAAAAAAGAAACACGUAAGGAGCGAGACAUGGUAGACCGUACAUGAUAUGCGAAGGAAGCGCGUAUACGUGUAAAUUGCAUACGUGGAAAUUUUCUAAAGAGCACACUCUGGCAUUUAAUAAAGUUGUCUGUGAAGGCGCGCGAGCUUUGCGAACGGAUACGCGGGAGAAAAGAAGAAUACGGGGUCUCCCGGCAAAAUGCCGGGGACGAAAAUUAAAGAGGGAUUGAAAACUCGCUAGGCGGUAUGACGGUGGCGGGAGAGGGGUGGUGAGUAGUAGGAGGGAACGAGAAUUGAUCGGGCAACGCAUGAAACGCAAGGACCGCGAAGAGAUCAUCGAGACCCUCUCUGGGAAACGGCGCCGGGCACGUGCAUCCGGAAGUAACGUUCCCGGCGUGUUCGUCAUUCAUUCGGGUAACGUUGUGUAAUUCGCGCGCGCGCACGUUGCAUCAGAUACAAAUAGCGUGCCGCGGAAUAGAGCUGCACACAGUGUGUCUGCAUAUAAGCCUGUAUUAGCAUUUACACGCUGAUCAGUCGCGGUGAUUCAUUUUCAAUUUGCAUUUACUUCCAAGUAUGACAAUUUCCUUGCCCGUUCUAAACAUUUGUGUUUCCGAUUAAUUUGAACAGGUUUCUGUCAGAGGAUUUGUUUAACUUCAAUUAAUGGUUCAUGAAGUAGUCACUAUUGACUGCAGUAAAAAUAUGGGCGCGUACGGAAUACCUUUUGCAGCCACUGUACGUGGUACGGUUAUACGACGCUCGCGGCAAUCGCAUACAGACGCACACGCGCGCCUCGUACACGCAACACGGAUACAGGUUAAUUAAAGACUAAUUGACGAGACGGCAAACCUGAAUCGCAAACCAAGUGCUUCAAAUUUAUAUAGGUACAUGUUAUAAUCGCGGUAAUAAUAAUGCAGUUCGGGAUACGAGUGGAACGCGGGACGAGCAGCGCAUACGAAAGCGAAGGAGAAGAGCGGUUGUCGCGAAAGAAUCAGGGGCCUCGCUUAAAAAUUGAGUCCUUUCGAGACGGCCGGGUCGAAUUUUUAACUCUGCGCCCCCGUACAGACAUCUUUUAAAUAACGUUUUUCGAAACAGACGCAUUCACGUUGUCAAGUCGUUUCUUCCUAUGAAAAUACCGCAGCGACAGUAACGAAUCCAUUUAAGGUAUCAGGGAAACGAACGCGUUUUCAAACAGACAACCGAGACGUUUUUAAUUAGGGAGACUAACGAUUUUCGUCAUAGACUGAGAAACUGUUCGAGGUACGAGCACGAGACAUACACAAAGGCCUUACAAAUCGAACCACGGUAGAGUUUCGACGAGUUCUUCUUACAUUUACUCUGAACGUAGCUAGCACCCGUUCUAUUUUCGACGGACAGAUUUUUUAUACGUUUUAAAACUGCCUGCGAUGCGUCUCGCACGGUCAGUGGAUAAUUGUUACAAGAGAGAAACAAGAAAAAUCUGCCUCGAUUCGAGUUAACUGCAUUAACGUUAAUUAUUCCUAUGAAUAAUAACCGGACGUAUACAUAGAAACACAACAGUAAUAACGAAAUGAAAAGACUAAAAGUUUCAAAAAAUGUACGUACGAAGGAAGUAACACUGUUAACGGGAAAACGACGUUGUUCGCAUACUCAGGAUAAUAAUAAGUGGCGCCUUAAUUUUUAAUCCUUACCGAGAAAAAUUAGCUCGGUCUCAAUGAAUCGACGUACGACAUUUUUACUUGUACAUAAGAGAAAACGUUAACAGAUAAUUAUUACAAAUUUUCUCUUCCCCUCCGCGUUUGAAAUUUCCUCGGAACGAAAGAUCGCGCGUUUCACUGAUUCUUUAUUUAAAAAAUGAAUCAUCGGCCAUGUUCUGCGAAUUCUUCCCGGUCUAACGAAGACAGACGUUCGUUAACUGACACGAAGAGAAGAAACUCGACUACAAAAACUAUAUAUAUUAUUAAUAGUAAUACAUACCUCGCAAUAGAUUUCGCCUUCGUAAGACGGUAGCCUUCUCUCCGCGUUAAAAUAAUCGACGAAUCCUUUCUUUAAAUAUAGUAGCUUUCCACUUUUUCUAUACACUUUCUGCUCGUUCAUCCGACCUGUGAGUUCUCUGUAUCGUGCCAAAUCGAGAGAGAAGGUAAAGUGGGAUAUCGUGGGACGGGAAAGGAAAAAAAGAGGAGUCACAGUUGUGGAUUCAGCCGAGCGUUACGCUUCCUAAAACUGGUUAGGGAAGAGCACUAGAUGUAUUUUUUUUUUUUUUCAUUUGUCCGAAUAGUUAGCUUAGGAAGAGAACGAUUUUUGGGGAGGUCCUCGUCAAAAAUGCAUUUCGCCUCUCUCACUUCGCAUCUUCCUCCAUACCCUUCGCUCUCCAUAUUUCAUUUCUCCCUUCGAUUGACUGGAACACACAUCUCUAGGCCUUCUCUCAACAAAGACAUUUCUGAAGAAAAUUGCUCAGUGAGUAAAUACCGUAAAGCCGUCGGAUCGCGGAACAUUCCGUCCUCCCACCGCAGUUUUCAUUAUUUUUCUUUGUUUCCUUCGAACUCCCCCUGGACAGUCCGCCGCGACGCUUUUUAUCCUGUGAAUUGUCCGGGACGAUCCCUGACUGGAUGCCACUUGCGCGUUCAUUUGAGGCUUCGGGACGGAGAUACAUUUCUCUCCAU